AUGGCGGAUGAAAGCGAAGAUUUGGUUGAAGAUCUGCUCACUGAAUAUGCCAUGCAGCUUAGCAUUCAAGAAUCGAAUGCAGCCAAACCACCAGUGUCUUCCAGUUACAAUGACAGUUUUGUACCACCUAGUGAGGAAAAUAGGAAAAUUGUAGCAGCCAUAAAGCAAGGUCAAGUAUUUGGGCUCCAAGACCUUGUGAAACAGAAAUAUGCUUUGGAUGAAGCUGAUGAAAGAGGCUGGUUUCCACUGCAUGAGGCUGCAGCUCAGCCAAUUCAACAAAUACUUGAAAUCAUUUUAGAUGCAUCUUAUAAAGCAAUGUGGGAAUACAAAACCUGUGAUGGAGAAACACCACUAACUUUGGCAGCAAAAGCUGGCUUUGUGGAAAACGUACAAGCAUUGCUGGAGAAAGGUGUUUGGCCCAAUACAAAAAAUGACAAAGGAGAAACUCCACUUCUCAUUGCUGUAAAAAGGGGCUCUUUUGAAAUGGCAUCCACUCUGAUAAAACACAACUGUAGUAUCCACCAGCCGUGCAUAAAACGUUGGUCAGCAAUGCAUGAAGCUGCAAAACAGGGACGCAAAGAUAUUGUUUCUCUUCUUCUGAAGAAUGGUGGAAAUGUGAACAUUAAGGAUGGAUAUGGAGUAACACCAUUAGGUGUUGCUGCUGAAUAUGGUCACUGCGAUGUGCUGGAACAUCUUAUUCAUAAAGGUGGAGAUGUCCAGGCCUUAGCAGAUGAUGGUGCAUCAAUACUGUUUGAAGCAGCCGGAGGAGGUAAUCCAGACUGCAUAGCACUUCUUUUGGAAUAUGGAGGAAGUGGCAAUGUGCCUAAUAAGGCAGGACUGCUUCCCAUACACAAAGCAGCUUAUGAGGGGCAUUACCUGGUCCUGAAGUAUCUCAUUCCAGUCACAUCCCAAAAUGCAAUCCAGAAAAGUGGGUUAAGCCCUGUUCACUCAGCUGCAGAUGGUCAGAAUUCGCAGUGUCUAGAGCUCCUCAUUGAAAGUGGUUUUGAUGUCAAUACUCUCUUGGCUGAGCACAUUUCAAAUAGUUACGAUGAUGAAAGGAAAACUGCACUUUAUUUUGCUGUUUCAAACAAUGACAUUCUUUGCACCGAAAUAUUACUGAAAGCUGGUGCAAAUCCAAACAAGGAUCCUUUAAACUGUCUUCUUGUGGCAGUGAGAGCUGGUAAUCAUGAAAUAGUAAGGCUACUCCUAUCUUAUGGAGCAAACGUCAAUUGCUACUUUAUGCUGGUUAAUGAUACGCAUUUUCCCAGUGCCAUUCAGUAUGCCUUGAAUGAUGAAGUGAUGCUGAGGCUGUUGCUGAAUCAUGGGUAUAAUGUGGAGAUGUGUUUUGACUGUAUGCAUCAAGAUAUCUUUGGAAAUUCUUUUGUGUGGUCAACUCCAGAGGAAGAGAUUCUCCCAGGAUGGACUUCUUCUGUAAUAAAGGAUAAUCCAUUCUGUGACUUUAUUGCUGUUCCUUGGUUGAAACACUUAGCGGGAAAAGUUGUUCGUGUUUUUAUAGAUUACAUGGAUUAUGUCCCUCUGUGCACAAAAAUUAAGUUUGUCCUAGAAACACAGAAGGAAUGGCCAGAGAUUCGUCAAAUAUUGGAUAAUCCUCGCCCAUUGAAACAUCUGUGUCGCCUGAAAAUACGUAAACUUAUGGGGUUGAGGAGACUCCAGAAACUGUCAUCUAUGAAGAAGUUUCCACUUCCACCGGUUCUCAAGAACUAUAUCCUAUAUAAAGAAUAUGAUCUGUAUGGAAAAGAGAUACAUUUUGAGUAG